GAUCGCGGAUAGACGCCGGAAGUGGUGUCCGAUCGUGCGACAUCGUCUUCGGCAGCUUUUGACACCGACGUUCGGCGAGGCGGACAGAGAGAGAGAACAAGCGAGAGAGAGGAAGCGGGAUAGAAGGGGAGCGACAGAGAGAGAGAGAGAGAGAGAAAGAGAAAGGACGAGUACACGUCGAGGAGGAGCGGCGGCGGCCGCGCGUUCUCUCGUACAGUCUCCUACAGUCGCCGCAACCGCCACCGCGCCGCUCUACGCAGCCGACCAUGAUUUGCGCGGGCCAACGCUGCCCGUUGACAAGCGUGUGAUUACGACGAGGGUCAAAGGCAAUACAUCAAUGGCCCUAGAAUCAAAUGGCAACAACGUGGUGUGGUUGAACACAACCCGUCCUGAUCAAGUACAGCAGAGUCAACCAAUCGAGCAGCCAUUGAAGUGUUCUAUGUUUACUCAAACGGAGCAGACUAACAGUUUCACUCAGACAGAGCAGAGCAAUUCGAGUUACGGAGAUCAGAGACAGCAGCAACCAACAAUGUUUGACCCGCAACAGAUCCAGCAGCAACAGGCUGCGGCACAGGGCCAGCAGUCGCAGCAGCAACAGUCUCAGCAGAUGUAUGUGACAGACAAGAAGGACAAGACUCAGCAGCAACAACAGUCCACUACCUCCGAGUUCCCUUCCUCCUUUUACUACAAUGUCAACAUGCUGCAGAAGGUCCAAACAAACGCGGUGAGCACAAUCAGUGCAAUCACCGACGACAAGGGUUGUUACCGUUUCGAUGUGCAACCUGUUGGUUAUAACACAUUACUGAAUCAGAUGAGCAUUGCCGCUGCCACCAAUGCGACUUUCAAGUGUGACAUUUGUGGACUGGUCUUUGGCCACCUCAGUCUGCUGCAGCAUCACAAACGGAUCCACAACACGACACCCAACAGCAAUCUGCCGCAACAGCCGCAACAGAUUGUUGUACAAGGGCCGACAACAGUGACUGUCGCCACCACGCCAGAAAGACCAUACACCUGUGACACUUGUGGAGCGUGUUUUGCAUUACCUGGAGUUAAAAGUCACAAAACAAACAUGCCAAAACCUAAGGUGCAAAUCUGUGAAGAUUGUGGCAGUGAGGACCCAUGCGAACAUCAUCCAACUAAAGUUAAAAAGACUAUCAAACCUGGUCAUCAUCCCGUGAAACGGAGGGGUGUUACCAGUGUCACCAAAUGUCACAAGUGCAAUGGCACUGGGAUCAUUUUUAUUGGUAAACACGACGAAAAACUAGAUUCCGGAAUCAGUUCCCUCGCAAAGUGUGGCGGCUGCAAGGCUACAGGCCGCAUCGUCAUAGGAAGUGGCAAGCAAAACAGUCAGAAUCAAGCGGAGAAACCAUUUCACUGUAACGUUUGCGAUGGUACAUUUUCUCGAUAUUCUUCGCUCUGGUCCCACAAGAGACUUCACUCGGGAGACAAACCAUUUAAAUGUGAAGUUUGUGGUUUAGCAUUUGCAAAGGCUGCCUAUUUGAAAAAUCAUGGACGAGUUCAUACCGGCGAGAAACCGUUUAAAUGCAGCGUUUGCGGCAUGCAAUUUUCGCAGAGUCCACAUUUAAAGAAUCAUGAACGAAUUCAUUCCGGCGAACGACCGUACCAGUGUGAGGUUUGCGAGAAGACAUUUGCCAGACACUCGACGCUCUGGAAUCAUAGAAGAAUCCACACCGGCGAGAAGCCAUACAGGUGUAACAUUUGCGGUUCCGCUUUCAAUCAAGCCACGCACCUCAAGAAUCACGCGAAGGUUCAUACCGGCGAAAAGCCACACAGGUGUGAUAUAUGCGAGAUCGGGUUUUCCGAUCGCUUCGCGCUUAAACGUCACCGUGCGAUCCACGAGAAGUACGGUCAGACGGCACGGAAUCAGAACGCUAAUAACCCGGCUAACGCACAGCAAGCGAACGCGAGUAGUCAACAACAACAGCCGCAGCAGCAGCAACAGCCGCAGCAGGCGCAACAAGGCCAAGUCGUGGUCGUGAAUGCGACCACUCCCGUCACCGUCAGCCAAGCGCAAGGCCAAGUGAUGCUCGACGAGGUCUACAAGUGUCAGGUGGCCUUCCCAGAGCCUAAAUGAUUCAGCUAGAGAAUACCUUUCAGAAGCUGGUAAAGAGGUUAACUUUUCUAACCUUUUUUUUAAACGGAUAUUAAUCUUGAAAACAAAAUCUAUGAAUGUAUGAUAUUAAGGAUAUAUGGACUAUGUCCUAAGAGAAUCAGGUGAGUCCGACAUGAGUGACCGAGCAGUGCGUCUUUUUUUUCUCGUGUACGAUGACUCGAAUUCUAUGGAAGCAUAUUUGGUGGCUAUUGGUAGUUUGAAUAUAAAUAUGGAUAAAAAUUUCAAAAAAAAAGGAAAAAACGGACAGAAAAACUCUGCGACAUUGCGCGAGUGAAAAAUUUGGUGGAAUGUGUCCUCGGAAGAGUUUGGCUCACAUAAUACUAUAAUCGGACGAUUUCUCAGCCGCCAAGAUCAACGAAGUCUCUUUGUGAAGUAAUAGAGAAAUAUAUCUACCUUUCUAUUUUGUCUUUCGAAGAGGUGGAAGAAUAAUAAUUGAAUCGUAUCGCGCGAUGUAUUUCAUAUAUAUUAGUUUUUUAAAGUGAAACGGAAAAAAUGUAAUUAUAUAAUCGUAUCAUUCUUUCUUAUGUGUGUAAUAAUCGUUGAUUUGUCCUUAAGAACAAAAAUUACACAUUUUGCCAACAUUUCAUUGCAAAUGGCAUUGUGCAAUAGUUUUGACCAAUUUUGCGAUUAAACCGAUGACAAAAUGUGCUUUCGAAUGAUUGUAAUAACAGAGGACUGCGGCGGCGUGUAUUUCGGCGAUAAAAAGCGCAAGUAUGAGGUAUUAAGUAUUUUUUUAAGCAAAUUAGAAAUUUCAAAUGAAAAAGACGAAUAAGUUGCUCGUACAAUGCCCAAACCUCGGCCCUUCCGAUUUUUGCGUGAUAUCAAUGUGGGAAAUAAAUCAUUAGCGCGUCAUUUCGAUGCGUAAAAUUAUGUUUAAAGAUUUUAAUACCGAAACUUUUAUUUAAUUUCGAUCGCAAGAAUCAAUUAUGAACGCGAGAAUAUGGAUAUAUGAAUUUUCAACGGCACUUAACUACGGAUAGCGUGGAACGGAACGACAUCGCGAUCUGUGCGAGCCCUCUUCCGUCCAGUCAUUCGGGAUCAGAAAGCAUCGCAUUAUCGAGAUGAUAAUAACAACGACCACGAUAACAGCGGCGAAAGAGUAGUGCGGCGUACCUAUAUAUAACUCGCUGGAGCUGCAAUAAUAAUAGUGAAUAUCGACCGGCAGACUAAUCCAUUUUAUAAUUUUAAGAGGCCACGAACUAUAUGAAUAUAUUAGUUGAUGAAUAGUUGCUAGUUUAUAACGACAAGUAGCCGAGCUAGGAUAUUAUUCUAUACAUAUAAAUAUAUAAAAUAUAUAUAUAUAUAUAUA